CCGGGCUGGCGGAGGCGCGCCCGGGUGAUGUUUUUCUGGUCACCUCAUUAGUCGGUACGAGCUUCACCAGGAUCACACGGAUAAUUCAUCAAGUUGGAUUUCAACAUGCCGCUCCAUAAUGACAGAUAUCCUAAAUACCAUCCAGAUAGCAGCAAACCCAGUCGACAUAAACACAGUGAGCACAUAUCCAACCCGACGUUUUCCUACUACCCAGGAGACCAGAUGCUUCACUUCUAUCGCUGGACCUCACCACCAGGUGUCAUGAAGAUACUGUGCAUCAUCAUCAUUAUCAUGUGCGUGGCUGUGUUUGCCUGUGUGGCAUCCACACUCGCCUGGGACUAUGAUAUGAGCCUCAUGGGUCUUGGCGGUGGUGGUUUGCUACCAGGUGUUGGUGGCUAUGGAGGAACAUAUGGCGGCGCAAUCGGGGGCGCAUAUGGCAGCUCUUUGAGUGGCGGUGGCAUUUAUGGAGGAGGCCUUGGUGGUUCCUAUGGUGGUUACGGUUAUGGUGACGGACAGUACAUGGAUCCUCGUGUGGGCAAAGGAUUCAUCAUCGCCAUUGCUGCCAUUACCUUCUUAACUGUCCUCAUCAUUUUUGUGUUGGUUGUGUCAAGACAAAAUGCUGCCCGCUCGCCGAAAUUCUACCUAGCAGCUACCAUCAUUUGUGCAAUUUUGGCAUUUCUGAUGCUCAUUGCCACGAUUGUGUACCUGGUAUCAGUGAACCCAACAGCCCAAACUUCAGGAUCUAUGCUUUACAACCAAGUCCUCCAGCUGUGUGCCCAGUACCAGAAUCAGAACCAAGCCCAGGGUAUCUUCCUCAACCAGUAUCUCUACCAUUACUGUGUGGUUGAACCACAAGAGGCCAUAGCCAUCGUAUUCGGUUUCCUGGUGUUUGUGGGCCUGAUUAUCCUGCUGGUUUUUGCAGUCAAAACUCGAUCAAACAUCAGACGCUGGGGCCACAACCGCAUUCUGUGGGAGGAAGUGAAGGUCAUCAAUGAAGCACACAACAGCGUUGGGGAAUGGGUGACGAAUGUGUCCGGUGAACCAGAAGUGCUAUUGAAUGACCCUAAUGAUAAAGUCAGGGGAUCCAGGGACUAUCUGGACAAACUAGACAACAAGCUGCCCCUGUACCUGCCAGGGGACUCUGACAUCAGCAACUUUGUGAAGCCCAAACCGAAGGACUAUGACACUGGGGUGGAGUCUGCAGAUGAACUGGAGGAGGAGGACCUCAAUGUUAUGUUUCCUUCUAUUAUGGAUGAGCAGGAGCGUCUAAGCUACAAACGAGAGUUUGACAGGGAUCAUCAGGAGUACAAGAGCCUGCAGACAGAGCUGGAUGGCAUUAAUUUCAGCCUGGUUGACCUGGAGAGAGAGAUGGACCGACAUCAUCAGGGCAGUCUACAGUUCCUGGAUGCCAUGGAUGAACACUCUAAAGUGAUGAAUCUUAAAAAGUCUGCAAACUAUCAGAUUAAGAAGAAGCGGUGCAAAUAUCUCAAGUCCAAACUGUCACACAUCAAGAGGAGGAUCAGUGAAUAUGACCGCCGACCAUGAGCCGUGACCUUUGACCCUAACCUGGUGCAGGAAGGCACGCUGCGUUGUGCUGAUUAGUAAUCUGUCCCACAGCAUACGACUGUGGGUUUAAUGUUCGGUUGUCACUCGGUCUACAUGUGAGAUUCUUUUCCACAAAACAAAGGUGGAAAUGUGAUUUUUUUUUUAUUUUUUUUUUUUAUCAUCUUUCUGCUUUUCAAACCUCUGUUUCCAGAACAACCGAGCUGUAAAAGUGUCUUUUGAUGCGAGUUGUCUUAAUUUUUAAGAGGUUUGACUUUUGUGAAACAGUUAUUGUGCUUCUUUUGUAACUUAAAUGGACUGUUUUGUAUCAUAAAAGCACAAUCAAGUUUAAAAAGUCUCAUCAGCUCAUGUAAAUCAUUUUGACAAUCAAUUUGAAGGUUUUUGUAGUGAUUUUGUUUUGUUUCAGAAUUAUGAAAACAUUUUUGUGCAAUGACGGAACUUCUGUUGACUUUCCGCAGUUUGCAUUUUUAGCUCUUUUUACUCGAGAAGGCACAGCAGAUCAGUCAGUUACUUCCACACAAAAUUAAGUCAGUAAAUUUUUAACUCCCUUAAAGGGAUUUUAUUACCUAGGCUCUAUUGUUAGACACUUUGGGGGUCAAUUUCAAUUUACUUAAUUUUAUAUAUAGUGCAGCAGCUAA